GGAGAGAGUCAAAGCCGCCUCCUCCUCCUCCACGGGCACCCAGCCAGCCCAGCCAGCUCGGUCCCCCACCUCACUCCCUCCCCCUCGCUUUACUCCACUCCACUCCACACUCGCCUCCGCCCCAUGCGCCGCCGGUGACCACAUGGGCUGCGUCCACGGCCGCCCCUCCGCGGUCUCCGCCCCCACCCCGGACCACCCCCGCCACCUGCAGCCGCAGGCCGUCGUCGCGGAGGAGGCGGCCGAUCGGCCGUGCGCCCCUGCCGCCGCGGCGGAGAAGGCGGGGGAGCCUGCGGCGGCUGUGGCGGCGGCGGAGAAGGAGAAGGAGAAGGAGAAGAGGGAGGAGAGGAAGCAGGCGAGGCGGGAGAGGCGCGCGCGGUCGGGGCCGGGCGUCGGGGGAGGGUUCGUGAACAGGGCGCGCGGGGAGCAGGCGGCGGCCGGCUGGCCCGCGUGGCUCUCCGCCGUCGUCGGCGAGGCCAUCGACGGGUGGACCCCGCGCCGCGCCGACUCCUUCGAGAAGAUCGACAAGAUCGGGCAGGGGACGUACAGCAACGUGUACAAGGCGCGGGACACGGUGACGGGCAAGAUCGUGGCGCUCAAGAAGGUGCGCUUCGACAACCUCGAGCCCGAGAGCGUCCGCUUCAUGGCCCGCGAGAUCCUCAUCCUCCGCCGCCUCGACCACCCCAACGUCGUCAAGCUCGAGGGCCUCGUCACCUCGCGCAUGUCCUGCAGCCUCUACCUCGUCUUCGAGUACAUGGAGCACGACCUCGCGGGCCUCGCCGCCAGCCCCGACAUCAAGUUCACCGAGCCACAGGUUAAGUGCUAUAUGCGUCAGUUGCUGUCCGGGCUGGAGCAUUGCCACAAUAAUGGAGUGCUGCAUCGCGACAUCAAGGGGUCGAACCUGCUGUUGGAUAACAAUGGCAUGCUGAAGAUUGCAGAUUUCGGUCUGGCUUCGUUAUUUGAUCCUAACAAGAAUCAGCCGAUGACGAGCAGGGUGGUGACACUAUGGUAUCGCCCGCCCGAGCUGCUUUUGGGUUCGACGGAUUAUGGAGUGGGGGUGGACCUGUGGAGCGCAGGGUGUAUUCUGGCCGAGUUAUUGGCCGGGAGGCCUAUUAUGCCUGGACGUACUGAGGUGGAACAGCUGCAUAAAAUUUUUAAGCUGUGUGGCUCCCCCACAGAAGAAUAUUGGAAAAAGUCCAAGCUGCCUCAUGCAACGAUAUUUAAGCCUCAGCAACCAUACAAAAGGCGAAUAUCAGAGACAUACAAAGAUUUUCCACAGUCAGCACUCCGAUUGAUUGAAACACUCCUUGCUAUUGAUCCAGCUGAUCGUUUAACAGCGACUUCUGCAUUGAGAAGUGAUUUCUUUACAACUGAACCUUAUGCAUGUGAACCAUCGAGUCUCCCAGAAUAUCCUCCAAGCAAAGAAAUGGAUGCAAAACGAAGAGAUGAAGAAGCCAGACGUUUGAGAGCUGCUGGCGGUAGGACUAAUGAUGGAGCUAAGAAGACGAAGACACGUGAUCGACCUAGGGCAGUUCCAGCUCCAGAGGCAAAUGCUGAACUUCAAACAAAUAUCGAUAAAAGAAGAUUAAUAACUCAUGCAAAUGCGAAAAGCAAGAGUGAAAAGUUUCCUCCUCCGCAUCAGGAUGGUGCAGUCUCUUUGGUUUCAAAUCACAUGGACCCACUAUACGAACCCCAAGAUCCGUCUUCGUUUAGCACUGUUUUUACUCAAGAGAAAAGCUCUGUUCCCACUUGGUCAGGUCCUUUGGUUGAUCUCUCUGCAGUUGGGAAACAAAAGUGGAAGCACAAGUUUGGUCGCUCAUCAAAACAACCAGCCACUGCCCGUGCUCGGUAAAGCACUUAAGAGUGAUAUUUAUAGACAAAGGGUCUUCAAUUAUGGAGGAAAAAUACUCUUCAGCAACUACCGUGCGCUGUUUCGCAAAUGAGGCAUGCGAUGAUAAAUUGAUUUCUUCUUGACUUAUUGUCAUUGGAUUAUUUUUCGAACAUCGGUUGUAUAGGCUGUGGAGGGAGCUCAGGUAGUUUACCUGUGUACAUUAGGUUCUGUUUUUCAAUUCUUAUAGCCCCGUGCAUUUGGUGUUAGAUUCAUUUGGGUGGAAGCUUUAGAGAUCUCUAGCAUUGAAGGACAUCCCCUUCCAUUGUAACACCUUUCUUCAAUUGGUACCUGUGUAAUCAUUCAUCGAUCCAAAGCAAAUCUUGUGUUUUGACUGAUCUGUUGCAUGGUUUACCUGAAUUUUCCAGUUUUACUCCAGCAAGUAUGGUUCA